UACAAAUACUAAAAAAUCAAAAAUUCCAUUUCCCCACUCACUCCAGGCACCGUUAUUUGGUUCAUUUACUGCAUAAACCCACCUACUUGCAACUUCCAGAUCUUUUGCUUUCUCCUUUUUUGUCAAUAUUAACCAUAGAUCUUCUUGCUAAAGUUUGCUGAAGAAGUGAUGAAGAUUCAGUGUAACGUUUGUGAGGUUGCGGAGGCGAACGUUUUGUGCUGCGCCGAUGAGGCGGCGCUGUGUUGGUCGUGUGAUGAGAAGGUUCAUGCUGCUAAUAAGCUUGCUAGUAAACAUCAGAGAGUUCCUCUGUCUGGUUCUUCUUCAUCUAUGCCUAUGUGUGACAUCUGCCAGGAAACAGUUGGCUAUUUCUUUUGUCUUGAGGAUCGGGCAUUACUUUGCCGAAAAUGUGAUAUUGCUAUUCACACAGCUAAUCCUCAUGUUGCAGCUCACCAAAGAUUUUUGCUGACUGGAGUGAAAGUAGGACUUGAACCUGUUGAUCCUGGUGGUAUUUCAUCCUCAGGGACGUCAUUGUCCAUUCAGAAGGUUUCUGAGCCAGAGUCUGCUCCACUUUCUAAACGAAAUGCCCCAGUAUCAUUGGAUGCUCAAUUUAACAAAGUAUUACCUACCCAGGCUAGUGAAGUUGGGGAUUUUGCUCCUACUAAGUCUCCAUUUGCUGGAGGUUCUGCAGCUGGAAGUAUGCCCCAAUGGCAGUUCGAUGAAUUUAUUGGUCUGGGUGAUUUCAAUCAAAAUUUUGGAUACAUGGAUGAUGGAUCAUCUAAGGCGGAUAAUGGCAAGCUUGGUGGAGAGUCAGACUCUUCAUCAAUCUUAAGAGUUGAAGAUGAAGAACUAGAUGGUGAUGAGUGCUUGGGUCAGGUGCCAGACACAUCUUGGGCAGUGCCACAAGUUCCUUCCCCACCUACGGCCUCUGGACUUUACUGGUCCAAAACUUACCAGAAUCCAUUCGACUCUGCAGUGUUUGUGCCUGACAUUAGUUACUCCCCUUCAUCGAGCCUUCAACAACAACCUCCAAGUGGUACUCGUCUGAAACGAAGAAGGCAGUGUUAAUGCACAUUUACUUUAAGCUUCUUCACUCACGUUUGUGAUAGGUGAUUCAGACCCCUAAGCUGUUCACUCAUGUUAGUGAUAGGUGUUUCAGACCCCUAAGCUCUUCACUAAAGUUAGUGAUAGGUGUCUAGAUAGAACAGUGUGUGGUAGUUGAAAUUUGAUUUGAAGUUAUUUCAGCAAUGAUUAUUGUGUUUCUCCUUUGUAAGUAAUCUGCACUGUCUGCUGCAGUUACAUAGAAUGCCAAAAGUGUAUUAGUUCCACUCCAAUUCCCAGAAGUUGUACAAGAAAAUAAAUGUGUAAACUGGAACCAGAGAAAAAUGACCAUUGUAUCAUCUUAAUUU